UUCCGUCUUGUGACGUAGGUCAGAAGCAAAAUGGCUGCUUCCAGGAGCGCAAUAAGCGAAAGUACUGGUAUUUCAAAAGCAGAAUACUUAAAGCGCUAUUUAUCGAAAGAUGAGGAUGGCAAGAAGUCAAAAGAGAAGAAGGUUAAGAAAAAACGUCCCCAACUCGCCGGGAGAGGGAUGAAAAUUGUUGACGAUGACAUUGACUGGAGGGAACUGGCUGCAAACAAAGAAGAGAAGGAGAACAAGGAUGAAGAUGAGGAUGAGGAGGCGCCUGUGAUUGCAGAAAUAAUAGAUGAGCGUCCAGCCGAAGUAAAGCAACUUGAAGCUUUUAGAACUAGUAACAAGUGGAAAGUUCUGGGAGCCACAAAUGACGAAUCUCCCGAAGUCACAAAUUCAGGAACAAGCCCAGAGGACAAGGAGAGUAGGAGAACUCGACACGAUUCUCCUGAUGGUUCUCCGGUACAGAGAGGACGCCAUGACUCUCCUGACCUCUCACCGAAGAAGCGAUUGCGCCAUGAUUCUCCUAAUCUCUCGCCCAAGAAAAAGACUUCGGACGAUUCUCCUGAUCUCUCACCCAAAAGAAAAUCUCGCCACGAUUCUCCUGAUCUCUCACCCAAAAGAAAAUCUCGCCACGAUUCUCCAGACCUUUCAAAUCCCAGACACAGAACAGAAACCAAACACAGACGGCAUGACUCCUCAUCUCCUUCUCCUCCGCGGAAAACACAAAAACGCGGUCAUAAAGAUUCUGCACAAAGAGAAAAGUCUAAAUCCUCCUCCGCUGGACGUGUUCCAGACAUGGACCGGUCCCCUCCACGAAGACGCCCUAACACCAAACGGGACUCGGACUCUGAUCUGUCUCCCCCUAGGAAAGGAGUGCAGGGAGGCAGGGGGUCUGACUCUGACCUAUCCCCUCCUAGGAAGAGGCCACAGGAUAAGCAUGGAUCAGACUCGGAUCUGUCGCCUCCUCGUAGAGCUUCUGCUUCUAAUACGGAGCCUCAAAUGUUAUCUGGUGGAACUGCUGGUCUGGUGUCUUCUGAUAUCCUGCGGAAAGAGCAAGAGGACAUGCGCAGGAGGGAAAAACAAAACCGGCCGCUAGAAGAGGCGUCGUGUCAUGCAGAGACUAUUUUCAGAGACAAAACAGGAAAGAAGCGUGACCUGGAGUCCGAGCGUGUCGAGCAGAGCAGGAAAGCAGGGGAGAAAGCAGAGAAGGAUGAGAAAUAUGCACAGUGGGGCAAAGGACUGGUGCAGAGUCAGAUGCAGCAGCAGAACGUGGCCGAUGCUCUCAGAGAGGCCCAGAAGCCUUUGGCACGUCACAUCGAUGAUGAAGACCUGGACAAGAUGCUGAGAGAGCAGGAGAGAGAUGGAGACCCAAUGGCAGCACUUCUGCGCAAGAAGAGGGAGAAGAAUGUAAAAGCCAAAGGGAUCAAUGAGAGACCUCGUUAUCGGGGUCCACCUCCACCCCCAAAUCGCUUCAACAUCAUGCCAGGUUAUCGCUGGGAUGGAGUAGACAGGUCCAAUGGGUUUGAACAGAAGCGCUACACCAGAAUAGCGGAAAAGAAGGCUUUGCAAGAAGAAGCAUACAAAUGGAGUGUGGAGGACAUGUAGGCACACUAUAGGAUGUGUGAGCAUGUGUGUCUGUACAUAUGUGUGUACAUGUUCUGAUUCACCAGCAUGGAGCAGAUUGUCUAAAUGGAUCUCAUGAUGUAAAUGUCAUUAGGGUUAUCAACCAAGAUGAGCGACCAAAUUACACACAGUACAUUUUGUGACUUUUAUGGACUUCAGCAGUUGUAUGUGUGUUUCUGGUUUAUUUUGUGAAGUUUAUUAAAUGUUGCGGUUUCUUAA